UUAUCGCCAACCGCAUGCGGUCACACUAUUUACAUGUGUCAUGUUUUUUGUAUUUAUUACAAGAAACGUUUUUAAAAUAAAAUGUAAGCUUUCGCAUUGCACAUAAGCGGUCAAAUCGCGCGUAUUCAAGGUAUUUUAAAGGCCAGCUAUCGAAUUAGUUGCGAAAACAAUUGCUUGAUUUGGCUUUGCAUCGCCUGCUGCCUGCUGCCACUGCAGUUUUCUUUACUGUCGGCCAUUUAAAUCGAGAAACUACAACUUUAAGUGAAAACGCGAAAAGAAGACGCUGCGUAAGCAGUUACAAAAAGCCCAGCUAAUGUGUAGUGAAGUGUUAAAGUGAGCUUGAUAAUUACAAAAAAAAAAGGAGGCGGCUGCCUACAUCUACAAAUACAGGCUCCCAAAUCUGAGCACGUUUGAAAAGCGACGUCGCGACGUCGGCAUACAGGGUGUUGCAACAUACAUACCUCUGUUUUGCUAUAAAUCCGAACGGCCGUUUGUUAGACAGCAGCACGAACAGAACAGAUGUCCAGCGAAGAGGAUAAACCACCGGCGCCGCCAGUGCGUCUCACCAGUAAUCGUGGCGGCGUUGGCAUCGAACGUGUUCCCAUCCCCGGCACGGUAGGAACGGGCGGAGCUGGCGGCGUCGGGGAUGCGCCGCCAGUUGAUAUGCGCCCAUUGCCCAAAGAGCCCGACGAUGCGGAUCGCAAGAAGAAGACGCUCAAGAACAAGAUCAAAGGCUCAAAACCCUCGCACAUGGAUUCCAAACCAAAUAUAUCGUAUCCCACUAACUUUGAGCACACUGUCCAUGUGGGCUUUGAUGCAGUCACCGGCGAGUUUACGGGUAUGCCAGAGGCUUGGGCGCGUCUCUUGAUGAACUCCAACAUCAGCAAGCAGGAGCAGAAAAAGAAUCCGCAAGCCGUGCUCGAUGUGCUCAAGUGGUUCGACAAUACAACCAAACAGAGGCCAAGUUCCAAGUACAUGACAAAUGCCAUAACGACGCAUUCGGGAUCUUCGCUGAGCCGCGUGAGCAGCAGUAGUCCCAGCAGCACGCCGACAGACUCAGAGCUGCAUGCCUCAAACAGUGGUGGCAACUUGAUUGGCGUGCAGCUGGGCAGCAUGACAUUGGGUCCCAAUGCGAACAAUGUGUCCGCUGCAGGUCAACUGCUGGGCAAUCACUACCAACAGCAGCAGCAGCAAUUAUUACAGCAGCAACAGCUGCAGAAUCAACAGCAACAGCAGCAGCAACACCAGCAUCAGCAUCACAUUGGCCUGAGUCAAUCGCAUUCGUACAAUUUUGUUGGCCACACAGCCUCCACAUCGACAUCGCAACAUUCAUCUGCCAAUGAGAAUGAUAUGUAUGCAGAUGUUGGCAUGCUGCCGCAGCAGCCGCCGCCGCCGCCAGUUGCAUCCCGGCCUGAGCGCACGAAGUCUAUCUACACGCGACCCAUCGAGGAACUGCAGCCAACACCAAUGCCAGCGGCACCGGCCACAACGCCCACAACGCCACUACAAAACCACAAAACGACAACGGCGGCGGCGUCUCCUCUACUGCUUAACAAUGCCACAACGACGCUGGACAAGAACAAGAACAAUGCAAAUCUGUACCACGAUCCGGCGGCCAACAAUCUCAACGCCUCAGCGUUGGCAGCUACGCCAGCAGCGGGUACACAAAUUGCGGUGCCACAGCAGGCAGCGGGUGCCACAACAACUACGACAACACGUGCCGCCAAUGCCAAGAAGAAGAAAAUGUCUGAUGAGGAAAUACUGGAGAAGCUGCGCACCAUUGUCUCUGUCGGCGAUCCCAAUCGCAAGUACACCAAGAUGGAGAAAAUUGGCCAAGGUGCUUCAGGCACCGUUUACACGGCCAUUGAGUCCUCAACGGGUAUGGAGGUUGCCAUCAAACAGAUGAACUUGUCGCAGCAGCCCAAAAAGGAGCUCAUCAUCAAUGAGAUACUGGUUAUGCGAGAGAACAAGCAUCCUAAUGUGGUUAACUAUUUGGACAGCUAUUUGGUAUCGGAGGAGCUAUGGGUAGUUAUGGAAUAUCUGCCUGGUGGCUCUCUCACCGAUGUUGUUACCGAGACCUGCAUGGAUGAGGGACAAAUUGCAGCCGUUUGUCGUGAGGUGCUGCAGGCGCUCGAGUUUCUGCACGCCAAUCAGGUAAUUCAUCGCGAUAUUAAAAGUGAUAACAUAUUGCUUGGCCUGGAUGGCUCCGUCAAGCUGACUGAUUUUGGAUUCUGUGCGCAAAUUUCGCCGGAACAAUCCAAACGCACAACCAUGGUUGGCACACCCUAUUGGAUGGCUCCCGAGGUAGUCACACGCAAGCAGUAUGGACCCAAGGUCGAUUUGUGGUCGCUGGGCAUUAUGGCUAUUGAAAUGGUUGAGGGGGAGCCGCCUUAUUUGAACGAAAAUCCGCUAAAAGCCUUGUACCUCAUUGCCACAAAUGGCAAGCCGGAGAUUAAGGAAAAAGACAAACUAACGGGCGCAUUUCAAGAUUUUCUAGAUCAGUGUCUGGAAGUGGAAGUGGAGCGGCGCGCCAGCGCCAUGGACCUGCUAAAGCAUCCCUUCCUGAAAUUGGCGCGUCCAUUGGCCAGUCUGACGCCUUUGAUUAUGGCCGCCAAGGAGGCAACCAAGGGCAACUGAUUGACAACCAAAAAACAGCAGCUUAUUUAACCAUUACUAAUGAAUCACUAUUACAAAAAGCAACAGCAGCAGCGAGAACAGCAACAACAACAACCACAGCAACAACAACAACAACAAUAGCAACAAUUUAUGCGUAUAAAUGAACAGAUGAUAAAUUAUUAGUGUUUAUGAUUAUUUAUAUUAACGUAUUUAUAUACAUACACAUAUAUACUUAUUAUAUACAUUAUUAACUACUCGUAACAAAACCGAAAUCAAGGAUCAACUGCAACACACACGUAGCCAAGCGUAGUUCAAUUCACACGGCAACAAUUUGGUUUCCAGUCUAUUUAUGAACAUUUUUUUUUUUUUUAAAUUCAAUGUGUUUCCAAGCCUUGAAAACGUCAGCAAACAUUUUUUCAAUUUUAAUUUUUGCUGCUGAUUUGUUAUACCAAAUUAUCGGGCAUUUUAAAUGCCUUUGAAUUUGUCUUUGAUAAUCGAUACAAAUUCAUUAAACACCUUUAAUUAAACCUACAAAUUAAAA